GCGCUCUCGUGUUUCGUCAGUGAUGCACUAUCUGUCCGUGCCUUAACGAGGCAUGUCUCCUCCACCACACCGCACCACUCCUCCUCCUCCUCCUGCUGCUUCCUCGCAUGACUCCACCGCGCCGCCGCCGACUCUUCCCAGCUGAACUACCACUAUAUCACCGCGGCGGUGUGUUUAUUGUCCGGCCGCACCACCACCACCGGCAGCUGUGCCCUCUGCUCUGCUCCCGAAGGCAGCUAGUCCACCGUCAUGACCUCCUCUCUCUGCUACUACUCGGCUGAUAUUCACUAAAUGGGAUUCGUGGCUGGUCCCGAGGUUUCCACAGCAACUGCUUCCAUUAUUAUCUCUCUAAUGAGGACAGCCAUCAGGAUCUAACUAACACCGUUCCUCGCUGCUGCUGCUGCUGCUGCUGCCGCUGCUGCGCGUGUCUGGGUUUUGGGCUGAAUCUCCAGACGCGUCAAAAGGUCUGCACAUGGGGGCGGGCAAGAGCAAGCCCAAGGAGCCGGGCCAGCGCUCCAUGAGCUUGGACGGCACCAUCGGUACAGGCUCCGACAGCGGGCACUUCCACCACCUGGGGCCUGCCCAGCAGACCCAAACCCCAAACAGGAGCCCCGCAGUCGGGACGGGCAGGCGGGGGCAUCAAGGGCAGCACCAGCUCGCCCCGACAAACACGCCAGAGCUGGCUCUCUUUGGAGGGGUGGACCACACGGGCACCAUCACCUCGCCUCAGAGAGGACCCCUGUCAGGAGGUGUCACUACAUUUGUGGCGCUGUAUGACUAUGAGUCACGGACAGCGUCUGAUCUGACCUUUAGGAAAGGCGACAGGCUGCAGAUUGUCAACAACACGAAAAAGUACAGCUUCAGAGAAGGGGACUGGUGGCUCGCUCGCUCCCUGACGACAGGAGAGAGUGGUUAUAUCCCCAGCAACUAUGUGGCUCCGUCCGACUCCAUCCAAGCAGAAGAGUGGUAUUUUGGGAAGAUCACUCGGCGUGACUCGGAGAGGCUCCUUCUGAACCUGCAGAACAGACGAGGAACCUUCUUGGUGAGGGAGAGCGAGACGACGAAAGGGGCAUAUUGCCUGUCAGUGCUGGAUUACGACAACACCAAAGGCCUGAAUGUUAAACAUUACAAGAUCAGGAAGCUGGAUAGCGGAGGUUUCUACAUCACCUCCCGCACCCAGUUCACCAGCCUACAGCAGCUAGUCUUCCACUACCGCAAGCACUCUGACGGGCUGUGCCACGCUCUAUCAGACGUGUGUCCUGUGGCCAAACCUCAGACCCAGGGACUGGCCAGGGACGCCUGGGAGAUCCCCCGAGAGUCCCUCCGCCUCGACCUUAAACUGGGACAGGGCUGCUUUGGAGAGGUCUGGAUGGGCACGUGGAACGGUACAACACGGGUAGCCAUUAAGACCCUAAAGCCUGGCACCAUGUCUCCAGAGGCCUUUCUUCAGGAAGCACAGGUCAUGAAGAAGCUGAGGCAUGAGAAGCUGGUCCAGCUCUAUGCUGUUGUGUCUGAGGAGCCGAUCUACAUUGUGACAGAAUAUAUGAGCCAAGGCAGCUUACUGGACUUCCUUAAAGGCGACGCAGGAAAGAUGCUUCGUCUGCCUCAGCUAGUAGACAUGUCUGCUCAGAUUGCAGCAGGCAUGGCCUAUGUGGAGAGGAUGAACUACGUCCACAGAGACCUGCGCGCUGCCAACAUCCUGGUGGGAGAAAGCCUGGUGUGCAAAGUAGCUGACUUCGGCCUGGCAAGACUCAUCGAAGACAAUGAGUACACUGCGAGGCAGGGAGCCAAGUUCCCAAUCAAAUGGACGGCACCGGAGGCAGCUCUGUACGGUCGCUUCACCAUCAAGUCAGAUGUCUGGUCCUUCGGUGUGCUGCUCACAGAGCUGGCUACUAAAGGCAGAGUCCCCUAUCCAGGUAUGGUUAACCGCGAGGUGCUGGACCAGGUGGAGCGCGGCUACAGGAUGCCCUGUCCGGCAGAGUGCCCCAGCUCUUUGCACGAGCUCAUGCUCUCCUGCUGGAGGAAGGACCCAGAGGAGAGGCCUACGUUUGAGUACCUGCAGGGCUUCCUAGAGGACUACUUCACCUCCACAGAACCCCAGUAUCAGCCGGGGGAGAACCUAUAGAACCACACACUGAACCGAACCCAGGGGGGAAAACACCUCAACACAGAACGAUCUGCACUAACCGACCUCAGAGGAGCACCUGUGGGAGGAUCUGAGCCUGUGAAACUCAUCUGGGAGGAACUUGAGAUUCUUCUGUGGAAGCAAAACCGAGAUAGAAAUUCCCCAUCAUGUGCCAUAAAGAAACCGCUACAGAAGAACCUGAAGAACCUCCUCUCUGCAAGCACUCACUGUUUUACUGAAGGUUUUCCUGCUGAAGUGAGGCUCAAGGCUGUAAAGGACAACUCCUGGUGGACAGACUCUGGCUCUGAUCUGAUGUUUUGUGAGAGGUGCGACUGAUGUGGGAGGAACCGAAUCAGGAGCGAGGGGGGAAAAGAACAAACCUCCUGUCGAAGAGAGAAGGUCAAGGGAGGAUAUUUCGGGCAUGAGUUGUUUAGCAAAAACCUCCCUCUUUCCCUCUUCUUGUCGUGUCUCUUUACCCUCGCCUGGCACCUUUUCCGCCCACAGAAGAGCACUGCCACUGUGGCUCAGGUGCCAAAGGAAAGUCUGUCUCUCUUAACGUCCUUUUAUCUCCCUUCUGCCUCUCUCCUCUCUUUUCUCUAUUUCAGUAUCUCCCUCCAGUUUUUCUCAAGUGCUGCUUCUUCAAAGUGUCUCCAAAUAACUCAGCUCUGGAACUCUACUUUGCAUCUUUAUUUAUGUUUACUCGGACAAUAUGCGUCCUGUGGUUUAAGGUUUUGUUCAGUGGCAGACAAAAAAAGUUCCUGAUUUCUCUGAUUUUUCUGGUAGUGAAAACAUUUCAUGGUAGUGCCAGGGUAAAAUGUACUCAACAGGCAGGUUCUGUAACACUGGAAAUUAUGUCAAUUCAAAUUUGAGGCCUUUCUCUCUCAUGUAACCCUCUGUCUCUUUUCUAGCCGUAUUUCUUGACAUACGCUGAACGGCCAUAGCGGUCAGCUGGAUCCAACCUCGACAAUUAAAAAUGAUUUUGAUGCAGGUAGUGUUUAAAUGCUUGUUGUUUUGAUUGACCUUGAUUUAACUGGAAAGUUACAUUGAAAAUAAACAGCACUGUUAUGGUGGCACUAAAGAGCAGUUUUAAUAGUAGUCAGCUCAUUUCCUCUGAGGCAUAAAUUGGGUAACUUUCAUCAAACAUUUAUGUGACCUACUAAGAGGCUAAUAUGGCUACCAGACCAAUCAUAUUACUGUUUAAUAUUCAACACAGCUCGGGUGUAAAAGCCUAUGUUGUGAAACAAACAAAUCACGUUUCUUUACUGCUGUCCAUGUAUAUAAUGUUUUAUUAUCAAGGGGCUUACUUGGGGGGGGGGUUAGUUCUCAAACAGGCAACUGUUUACGUAAAUUUGACAAUAAAACGUUGCAUCAUUUCCCCCAGUGAACAUCAUGUUAGUGAGUAAACUGGACAGAUAAACCUGUGAAGAUUCAAAAGGUUUUCAUCCACUUCACAGCUGUUGUGUCCAUAAAAAUAUGCAACCAGGCGGCCCUAAUGAAACUGUAAAACUUUGAUCAGGUAACUCUAAUAAAACUGUGUUUAUGACUUACUAUAAGAGUUGAUUUUGAAACCAGUUAGCAUGCUUUUGUGCCGUUCUUCUCUUGACCAUUGGCUGGGUUUGUAUUUAUGCUGUACUGUACAUCAACAUGUGUAUGUUUACUCAAAGUUUGACGAGGGGAUCAUAAACUUCUGAACAUUUGUGCCAUCAACCUAUAAUUAUUUUUUAAUAUAUAUAUCUUACCCACUGCUGCCAGUUCUCACUAUCAUACUGUACAUACUGUAGCUCUUUAGGGUUGGUUUUGUAUCAUGUAAGCCACUUUGAAAUGGCAGGUAUUUAUGUUGGGUGUCACGCAUUUCACAGUGGUUUAGUUUUAGUCGAUGCAGCAACAGUAGAUAUAAAGUUAUAGAUUGUUGCCAACAAAUACUAUGAAACCAAUUAGCAAAAUAAGAGCCAUGCAGCAAUAAGAGAUGGUCCAUGCCCUCUAAAACCAUGAAAUUAUCAUUCGAUGAUUAUGACGGCUAAAUUAAUCAAUAAUGUGGACGAUUCUGAAACCAAUGAAAAAAGGAGUUUGGGUUGUGAAAUGAAAAAAUGAGGUCAAAGAUGUAAAUAGUAUCUUAAACAAAUGACUGUGACUAUCAUGUAAUUUGUUUUUGUAUAGUUUUUCUUUAAUUGCACCUCCAUUUUUGAGGUUUUUACAGUGACGCACGCCUGCUCCCAAAAUGUUUUAAUAUUAAGACGCUACUGUAAUUGGGGCUUAAGGAAUGUUUUCUUUUUUUAAUAUUUGACAUAUUUCUGCAAACGACAAUUUAAAAUUGGGCUUGACAUAUUUAUAUUUAUUUAUAUAUAUAUAUAUAUGUAUAUAUAUAUAUAUUUCCGAGGAACAUCUUCUCAGUGCUUUCCUCUUUAAGAAUUGGAAAUCCCCCGUUUGUUCUGACGCACUGAACCGCCUGUAAGUCACUGGGACAAUGUGGAAGUUGAUGGGCUCAUGACUAAUAUGAGUAACGCCAAGGUCUGAUUGGAUUUUUCUGUGCCAUAUUAAAGAAGUGUCUGUUGUCUUUUUUUUAUAUUUAAUUUUUUUUAUGAAUCUAUGCAGUUUGGGUCUGGCAUUCCUGCAACUUCAUGGCCAUUUUGUUCUAAAGUCAAAAUCAAUGAUCAUAAACCGAAGGUGUGAGCAUUUUGUAAGGACUUCUCUUUUUGUUUUUGUUUCUGAUGUAACAGGAUUGAAAUGGGUAUCGUGCCACUUUAUGUUGAUCUUUAAAUGUGCAAUAAAUUAUAUUUCAAAUGUG